AUGCUGCAGUCUGCUCUUCAUCGCCAGCCGUGGAAAGGCUUUUACGUCCUCAGCGAGGCGUUGCUUACACUCUUCCUCCGCCUUCCAUGGUGGAUACUGUCGUCGCUCGUCUCCUCCUACCGGCCCUGUCCAUCGCGUUCGCUCAAGCGGACUCUGAUCGUAAGGUCAAUCAGCCAUGGUUUGGAGGUCAUCACAAACACGCUGCUGUUCCCGAACCGCAACGAUUUCAGCAAGAGGCUCGAAGGCCCAGGCAUCAAGUCACUGUGGGUCGAACCCGUUCCAGACCACGUUCAUGGUCAGCUCAAGACAUGGGCCUCUGUCACUAGCGCGCAUCCCGCCCGCAUUCCAGGAUACUGGCUUGACAAACCAGGCGUCGACGUCCCCAUAGGCCAGCCGAUUCAACCAGGGGAGAAGGUCCUUUACCGCAUCCACGGUGGGGCAUACAUCAGCAUGUCUGCAACACCGUUAGAUCCCGUCUCCGACCUCACCAAGGACCUCUUGCGCGUGUGCAAGCCGUUCCGCCGUGCCUUCGCCAUCGAAUAUCGCCUCUCGAAGGCGGAUCCCGGUAGCCCACCCGUCAACCCGUUUCCGUCCGCGCUGUUCGAUGUGCUAGCAGGAUAUGCGUACCUGACGCAGACGGUCGGUAUACCUCCCGAAGACAUUGUCAUCGCAGGUGACUCCGCAGGCGGUCACGCUGCCCUCGGCCUCGUACGCUAUCUCAUCGAACACCAACACUACUCCGUACCCGCUCCUCCCGGUGCUCUCCUCCUCUUCUCUCCCUGGUCUGAUUUCGGCACAUCCCACGAGACGCCUGGUUCCUCGAUGUAUACGAACCAGGGGAAGGACAUUAUGCCGUUUAGUAUCGUUGGCGGUAAUACGUAUUCCAAGCACGCGUUCUUCGGCGCGCUCGACCCCGAUGAAGCGCUCGUUAACCCCUAUCUAUCCCCUGCGUCGAAGCACUGCUCACCAAGCUUCAAGGGUUAUCCGAGGACGUUCCUCAGCGUUGGCACAGCCGACCUUUUCAUUGAUCAAGUGCGUACGUUGAGGAAACGGAUGGAGGCCGAUUUGGGGGAUGGAUUGGUGUAUGACGAAUGCCCAGAUGGGGUACAUGUCUUCGUGGGUUUGUGGUUCUUCGAACCCGAGAAGACAAAGACGUUGAAUGCUAUAGCGGAAUGGGUUGGAUAG